AAAUGAUUGAGUAAUCAAUAGAUGGGGGUUUCAUUCAUCAGGCAGUCUUGGGAUUAGAGAUAUUUACACAAAAAGAGAAGAUAAGUUAAGAAGAGGUUUGUAACAAUGAGAUGGAGAGAAUUCACAAUAAAGCCAUUUUUGAUGCCUUCAAUGAAUCAUUGGAUUACUUUAGACCUUUUGGAAUCAAAGGAAAGCCAUUGCCUUGGAGAAGGAAUGUGAUUUCCAGGUAAGUUAAAGAUUUGGAUGAGACUUUGAAUCAAUCUGCAUCCAAAGUAGUGCAAUGGGCUGAGACUCUCUGUGGAAUACUAUUGCCACAAGGAAGUCAGAUAGACAACGAUAUCUUGCCAUAGGUGAGAGAAGAGAGAUUAGACAAGUUGUUAAAGUAGGAAGUAAGUCUAUUGAUUGAAGAAUUAGGUACUUGAAAAUGAUGAUAGAUGGCAAGAAUUUGAUGAAGAACAUACGGAGGUGACAUUAGAACUGAGUGAAUUAGUUUUUAAUCAUCUCAUAACCGAGGUGAUGCAGGAAUUACGAAAUUGA